GGAAUGAGCUGACUCAGUUGUCCAAUCGCCGGACUCCGGUAGAUUCGUGUAGUGUCUCACCUAUAGUGCGUUAUUGCGGUAGUGAAUCGGUUAGUUUUAUUGCGUUCAACUACCAUUUGGUGAAGAAGAAAGUGUGUCAAGAUCGCUUCUAAACUAGACCUGGACAAUGUUUAUCGUUGUGGGAUUUCUAUACGGUGGAGAAAAGAAGUUCCUGUCUUGAGAGUGACAAUCGUUAUGUAAAUAUAAGAAGGGCUCGGGAAUAGUGAUGUUUUCGUAAAGAUAAGAAAAAGUGCACGAUGGCUAGUGCGACAACUAAAGUGGCUGCCGAAGGUGGGGCCGGGAUGGAGAAGACGAAUGUGAAGGAGCAGCCGCCAUCGGUCGUUACGACCACCAAAACCUCAGAGAUAACCAUUAUUAUGAAAACAUUGGUGUCAAAUACGACGACGACGUCAGUGAAAUCUAAGAAGGUGGGCUCGAAAACGGGACGGCAAUGUGAGUGCCAGGAGGAUAGGUCCUCAGAUGAUGGUAAGAACGGUGGCGUUUCUAGUGCGAUUGAAGUGACGACCAGUGUAAGAGGUGUUUUCGAAAAUAAUCCUAACGGCUGUCUGACGGCGCAAGGCGGCGAGCCACCGAUUUUGAAUAAAAAUUUUAUAGCGUUGCUGAAAAGUGCCAAUGAUUCGUCGUUUGAGAAUGUGCUCGAAAUCAAAUCGCUUCUCAGUACACCAAAUCUGGUGCUGAAAAGUUCCACCGAUCAAUUGUUGGGUUCUAGCGACGCCGAAAAAGAUGCAGAAAAGGAUGCCCGGAAGUACCUGAACGAUCUAAGUCAGCUCAAUGCAAGUGUUUGUGGUAAACCAAAUUCCAAAAAUGUAGAGUCCAGUGAAAACAAUAAUACCGAUAGUGAACGUUCAUGUUUAGAGAGGAAUAAUCUCAGUGUGAUAGAAGCAGUUGUUGAGUCUAAGCAUGGUUUAAGUUCAUCGGACUCAGAUACAACUGGGAACGAUAGUACCUUUAAGAAGCCAAAGAUUUGUGAUGAAAUGAAACUCGUUCGCUUUACCGUUAAUCGCGUUGAAGAAGAUCCAGGCGAAUCUUGUAAGUUUUUAUCCCUACCAAGUUCAACGCCAAUCAAGGUGCGAAUCCCUAGCCCGGAAGAAGUUCGAAAGGCUGAAGAGUACAAGUUGAAUCUCCAAACCCCACCAGCUGACGCGUCCUUCAUCGAUUCCGAUUUCGAGUCAAUGGAACAAGAUCAAUACGAUACCUGCAGCAGCAAAGAGAGCUGGAAGCCGGACAAGAUCACCCCACCUCCAGAACCCCCAAAGUUCAUCGAGCCCUUCAACCCGGAAGAAUUAUUCCCGGAACCAAAAGCGAAACCAAAGCCUCCGGAACCACAACCGGAAACACCCAAAACCCUAAGAAAAACAUCAUCCACCAAAUCAUUCUUCGAGGAAGCCCUCAAAACUCCCUUAGCCCUCCGCAAAAAGUUCCAAAAGCGACGGAACUCGGAACUCCCCAAACAACCGUCCCACUCAAACUUACUGAGCUUCUUCUCAUCAAAAAAGAAGAGCAGCAGUCUGGAAGGUGUCCAGAAGCCCAUCCUUAGCAAAAGAUCUCUCACCAUCAGUGACAACAGCUCCGCAGACACUAGCCGCUGUACCUCCCCCGCACUAACCGAGGAAAAUGUCCGGCGCCUCUCCAACGCCAUUCGAGGUGCCGAUCUAUCCAACAAAACUCUGGUAUGGGGAGAAAACUACGAUUACUCCUACGAGUGUGAACCCUCUCAUUCGGACGUCGAAGAGGAGGAUGAAGAAAGCGCGGAUCAACCGACCCCAAGUCGCCUAGUCCAGUUUAACAUCUCGUCCCCGGAGUCCUCCUUCGAAAUGCAACCCCCCAUAGUCCCCACCUUUAAAAUUGAUCCACCCCAAGCGAUCAACAUCGCUUCGGAAUUGGCUCACGGCCUUAUGGGAACCGCAUUCGCCGUGGCCAGCGGUUGCAUGAAGCGGUCUUCGAGUGAUCCGGUGUACUGUAAGGUGCGGAGUCAUAGCUGUACCCCGUUGACGUCGGAUAUUGGGGAAUCGGACGAGGAUGCGGUGGAACUGGAGGCAACGAUGAUGAAGGCGGCGCCGCAUGUGCAGUUUCACAAUAUCAAUGAGGCGUCGCUGAGGAGUUUGGAUAAGAUUGCUGUGAGUGAGCAGAACCCGUCAACCAAAGACAACAAACAAAUAAACCACAAUGCUUCGCCGUUCCGGCGAUGGGGCCAAUCAUCGCUGCGGUCUCGCUCCGGGGAACAGCGCACUCCCGGGUCCAGUUCACAUCGGCGGCCCUCUUCCCUGGCCGCUUCCGAGAGCGACGUCUACACCAAAUCGAUUGACGAUGAUUACAGUUCCACCAAAAGUGGGUACAACCCUUACGGGGAUGCUGCAAGUUCGGUGACAACGGAUUCUGUUCCGACCUCAACGACGACGGGAACCGUCAGUGUGGGGCCAACUGGGGUCGCUUCUUGGGGCACCUCGUUCGAAAAACUGCUGGAAGAUGCCGCCGGACUGCACACUUUUUCGGAAUUUUUGAAGAAAGAAUUUUCCGGGGAGAACAUCUACUUCUGGACUGCUUGCGAGAAAUACAGGCACCUAACGGAUCGAGAAGAAAGGGCCAGGGAAGCCCAAGCCAUCUUCACCAAACAUCUAGAAUCGGGCUGUAGCGAUCCGGUCAAUGUGGACUCGAUUGCCCGAAACAUUGCCAAGGAAAACUUGCCCCAAGCGGAGCAAACCCUUUUCGCGGCAGCUCAGAAACAGAUUUUCAACCUUAUGAAGUUCGACAGCUACCAGAGGUUUAUCAAGAACGAUAUGUACAAGGUGUGUCUGGAUGCCGAGGCCAAAGGGCAGCCGCUACCCUAUCCGGGGGAGCUCCUAGAUCCACUGCUAAAGACGAGCUUCACCAUUCAGGCUUCCACCAAGCUGAAGAAAUCGCUAAGCAAUGCCGAGGAUCGGCGGCGAAAGUCGUUGCUUCCCUGGCACCGCAAAACCCGCUGCAAAUCCAAGGAUCGAGGCGAUCAGGAGCUGAAAAAGGACAGUGGCAGCGGGGGUAAAUCGGGGUCCCUGUCCAACGGGGGUGGCAGUAGCAAUACGCUGAAGGUCCUGUCGACCAAUUCCACUAGUGAUAUUCAUAGUUCUAGAAGUUCCUUGGCGAGUUUCGACGCCGCCAUCGGUAAAUCGUCCUACGAGCAGGACGACACCCGCAACAGCCUGUGUCGUGUGAUAUUGUCGAACGGAGCCACGACGGUGGUUCAGACCCGUUCCAACGAAACCAUCAAAGAGCUAGUCGAGCGAUUGCUGGAGAAACGAGGCAUCGUUUACAACGCCUACGAAGCCUUUCUAGCUGGGAACCACAAACCGCUGGAUCUGGACGGCCCGUCAUCUAGUCUCGCCGGCAAGGAGGUCAACAUCGAUCAGCGGGUGGUGUUCAAACUGAGUUUGCCGAAUCGGAAAAUGAUUUCCGUCAAGAGUAAGGCUACUAAACCGUUGGGGGAUGUUCUGAGACCCAUUCUGGCCAAGUACAACUACGAGCUGGAUCAGAUGAACGUUUACUCGAAGGAUGCUUUCCUGGACAUGACCUAUCCGGUGACCAGUGUGGAUGGGCUGUGGUUACAGGUUCGUAACGGGAGCGAGAAUGACUUUCAUCAGGAUCUCACGCGGACGAUUGCAUCGAGAUCGGAGAGGACUCAACAAGGUGGGCAUGGAGUAGCGGCGCCUCCACUACCUGUGAUCGCGACUACGACCCAUCAGCAGAUAGUUAGCCAUUUUCAACAGCAGCUUAACUAUCAGCAAGCUCAAUCGGGUGGUCUGGGGGCAAAUGCGACAAGUGGGAACUCAGCUUCCUACAUUAAUAGUAACAUAGGGAAGAAAUUGGCUACGACUCACGGUGGAUCCCAGGGGUACAUCAACAAUAAUAACAAUCAUUUCAAAAGUAAAGAAGAUUUGAAAGAUGACGGUAGUCGGCACGAGUUAAACAUGCUCGAUGAGAUCACCAACAAGGUGUUCAAUGAGUUGAUGAAUGGUAAAAUUGCCAAUGGGAAGGUUCCUGACGACUGUACUUCGGACAGUUCAUCCACUAGAAGAGGAGGCGCUGGGGAUCGGUUUCGACGACGAGGAUCCAAUGCGCCCUCGGAUAGUGGCCGGGGAGCUAAGAGCAAGAAGUGCUCUACAGCCGGGUCCGAGGAUGGAGAGAGUGUUGGAAAUGUUGCAACUGGUAGUAAGAAACCAAUCAUCGCCAAGCUGAAGGCAGGAGUUAAAUUGCAAAUCCCCACCAGAUCCCAAAAUGAUGAACUUCUGGAAGGCCUUAAACGAGCCCAACGGAGUCGUCUCGAAGAUCAGCGAGGUACCGAAAUCAACUUCGAGCUGCCGGACUUUCUUAAGGAUAAGGAGAACUUCACCAGUGCCACCUCAACCGGUGCAGCUUCGAGUUCCGGUGUAUCCAAGUUCGUACGAAAACCGGGCAAGCGACCCGAAUCCGCUGAAUAUCCUUCUUCCACCAGUAUUCACCCGGGGGCUGCAGCCCUUCAAACCGGAUCGCUGCAGCAAAUCAAUAAACCCCAACCUGCGCCACGACUUUCGAUUACUGGUUCUCGGGGAAUUGCCGUCGAAUCUACUCCGAGAACUCAGGGAGGAAGUGUAGUUUCUUCGCUGGGUGUCGUGCAGUCCGCUUCUAGUGAAAGUUGUUUGAACAACCUUUCCAUGCGCUGUAAUGCGUCCCCGUCGGCCGGUCUGGUGGAUGAUAACGGAAACGGUUCCCUGUCGGAGAAUAGUUUUGCAGAAACGACAAUGAUUUUCAACCACCACCAGAUUCCAACCAACCCUUGCAAUACCCCGGAAAGUUCACCGAUUCGAGGCGCUCUUAUGAACAGCCACCACCGAAGGUCGAUCGAUGCGGACUGUUGCCGGGAUAUCCCGGAUCAUGCGUUGCAAUCAAAAGGAAGCCAUAACUAUCAACAGAAUCACAACCAUCAGCAACUUACUACGAGUUUAGGCAGUGGCUGCAGUACUACCAGUAGUACGACUAGUAACAGCAGCAGCAAUAGCAGCACCAGUAACUAUGAUGGAGACAACCAGAAGGGUCCGCCACCGCUUCCACCGAAGCCCAAAAUCCUACCCAUCAAACCUUCCAACUGGGGCCAUACGGGACCGAGUGGCGGUGGAAGCAGUAGCACCAACUUGAGCACUUCCACCCUGGGAAACCUGUCCACCACCAGCAGUAGCACCAGUCCCACCGGUGUCAGAAGCAACAAUGGUAACGGUAAUAGCACCACCACUAGCAGUAGUAGCCAGAGUGUUGCGAAAGACCGGCAGACCGGAAGUGGGAAGCAGACUAGAAAUAUCUACCUGGAUCAUGCGAGUAGCAGCUUUGUAUAGAAUGUAAAGAAACAUUAGCACAAUACUAAAAUAGCUAGAGCUAGGUUGAAGGAAUAAUGAAAAAAUAUUUUAAAAUUUAACUUUUUAUCAAACUGUCGGUAAAUUUGAAGGCUUUUGAAGCGAGUGUUUUUUUUUUCAAGAUAUUGCAGUUCUAUCUUAGCGCGUGUGUAUUUUUUUUCAUCGUUUUAUUUAUUUUUGUCGAACUGUGAAAACAUGUAUUAUUUUGCCGAUUUUUAAAACGUAAGACUAGAUGAGAGAAUACAUAUAUUUCUAAUAUAUUUUAUAAAAAAUA